AUGGCGUGGUAUUCCAUCCUCCCACCACAGCUCAUUCAGGUGGAGAGCUGGGCAGUCCGGAUCUUCUUCCUUCUCGGAAUUAUCACGAUCUUCCCCUGGCUCGCCCUCAUUCUCUUCGAUGCAGGCCUGUGGCUUUACCGAAUGCUCUUGUGGGAACUACCGUGGGUAGGCGGACGGGCACGCGGCCAACAGCGACCUCGAGCACCAAGUCUGAACGAACGCCCUGACGGACAACGGCGGGCAUUUGGAUUGCGUGGCGUCGAGACUGAUGCUCAUCGGGAUCAAGAUCGAGAGGAUGACGCGUUGGCGAAUAGAGAUACAGGCCAAGAGAAUAAGGCACCCACCACGGCUACGAGGGCACAUUCCAAUGCGGAUGGAGAGGCCAAAUAUAGAGCUGCUCGAGCCUGA